GCAGAAUCAAAUAUUGACACUAUAAAUAUGUUGUCUCCAUCAAUAAUUUGAGAAUCCAAAUUACAAUUAGCUAAAGAGCAUAAAUAAUCAUGAGCAAAUUGUGGGCUUUGCUUACUCAUCUACAUGCUCUAGCCGGGCCAGUGGUGAUGUUACUCUAUCCUUUAUAUGCAUCAGUAAUAGCAAUAGAGAGCACAUCAAAGUUGGAUGAUGAACAGUGGCUUGCUUAUUGGAUUCUAUACUCUUUUCUUACUCUUAUGGAGAUGCUUCUUCAACCCAUUCUACAAUGGAUACCAAUUUGGUAUGAGGUGAAAUUGGGAAUGGUGGCAUGGUUGGUUCUUCCCCAAUUCAGAGGAGCUGCUUUUAUCUAUAACAAAUUUGUUAGGGAAAAACUCAUCAAGAAAUAUGGAUCUUCAUAUAUCCAACACAAGUCUCAAUCUCCAGAUGGGAAAACCAAAAACAAAAUUGUGGAUUUCAUCACCCUCAAGAAGGGAGAUCAUUAAUUCAAAGUCACUGAGGAUAUGCAUGCAGCAUCAAAUUAGGCUAUGAAUGGUCUUAAUUAUAUGGAUUUGUGCCACAUCAAGACAAUGUAGUUAUGUUAUUACAGAUCAAAUUAAAGAGAUAUUGCUGCUAAUAGAUGAAUGUUAUGUAUCAAUUAGUAUCUAACAUGAGUUUUGAUAUGUGUUUACACUCUUCACAAAUCAAAAAACUAAUUAAGAUUAGUUUUCGGGUUUCUCUAUGGGAAACUUACAUAAA